UACUAGUUUUGAGAGGAGAGAGGGGGGAGGGGUCCAAUUACUUUGAAUAUAAGAAUUGGUGAAUGUUGACGAAAGCCCCUGGUGUGGUGGUUUUAUUUGCUAAUAAAUUUUGACCAAUGAUAAUUUAAAUUGCAUUUCCUAUCUACCAAAAUAAAAAAAGAGGAAUGGCCUGAAAUCCUGCUACAUCAGGCCUCUAAAGGGCCCAAUUUUAAUAUCUGUGUUAUACACACUUUAUACUUAUCUGUUUUUUUUUUUUGUUUUUUUUGUUUUUUUUUUUUUUUUUUUGAGAGCUAUACUUAUCUGUUAAUCUUGAAUAAUUUCGAAACUGUGAUUUCUGAAUAUUAGCGUCAAUUUUCACUUCCAAAGGUGGGCGGCGUGGGCCAACGCUCUUGUCAUUGAUUUCUUUCAGAUCUAUAAGUUUUUUCAAUCGGAAGUUUCUUUCCCCGUUUCUGACGCCUUCAGAUUGUAAUCCGAUAAUUUAGCGGAUUGCAUUUAUAGCCGCGGCUUGAUCUCUACUUCUGUUGGCGAUCUCUGUACAGUCGCAUCUCCUCAAUUAUGAAUCCUAGAAGGGAUCGGAAUGCUAGAGUUGCUCUUUUUGAUGGUAUUGAAGAAGGAGGUAUAAGGGCAUCAUCAUCUUAUUCCUCUCAUGAGAUUGAUGAGCAAGAGAAUGAUCGAGCCAUGGAAGGGCUUCAAGAUCGAGUUAUUAUGCUGAAAAGAUUGUCUGGUGAUAUACACGAGGAGGUUGAUUCUCAUAACCGCAUGCUGGACAGAAUGGGAAAUGACAUGGAUGCCUCAAGAGGAGUUUUAUCUGGAACCAUGGACAAAUUCAAGAUGGUGUUCGAGACGAAAUCAAGUAGAAGGAUGUUUACACUUGUGGCAUCUUUUGUGGUUGUCUUUCUCAUUGUAUACUAUCUUACUAGAUAAGUGGUCAUUGUGAGGUAAACUGGACAAAGCCUUUGAAAAAGUGUGUGGAACAGUAAUGCUCUAUUUUUGCCUUUUGUGUAGUCUGACUGUCACUGCUGUAAGAAGUCAUUGCCCAUGCCAUGUAAAAAUGUGUCGUCCUACAUAUGCUUGAAUAACAUGGUUGCCCAUUCAUAUA